AUGUCCAUUCCUAAUGAUACCCAGUUCCAUCCUUCUUCAUUUCUCCUGCUGGGCAUCCCUGGGCUAGAAGAUGUGCACAUCUGGAUUGGAUUCCCUUUUUUAUUUUUGUAUCUUGUUGCACUCCUGGGGAAUGCUGCUGUCCUGUUUGUGAUCCAGACUGAGCACACUUUCCAUGAGCCCAUGUACUACUUCCUGGCCAUGCUGGACUCCAUUGACAUGGGCCUGUCCACAGCUACCAUCCCCAAAAUGCUGGGCAUCUUCUGGUUUAACCUCAGGGAUAUAUCUUUUGGAGGCUGCCUUUCCCAGUUGUUCUUCAUUCACUUCUUCACUGCCAUGGAGAGCAUUGUACUUGUGGCCAUGGCCUUUGACCGCUACAUUGCCAUUUGCAAACCUCUUCGAUACACCAUGAUCCUCACCAGCAAAAUCAUCAGCGUCAUUGCAGGGAUUGCUACCCUGCGGAGCAUUUGUAUGGUUGCUCCACUCGUGUUUCUCCUCCUGAAGUUGCCCUUCUGUGGGCACCAUAUUAUCCCUCAUACCUACUGUGAACACAUGGGCAUUGCCCGUCUGGCUUGUGCCAGCAUCAAAGUCAACAUAAUAUUUGGCCUUGGGGAUAUGUCUGUUUUACUAUUGGAUGUGUUCCUUAUUAUUUUUUCCUAUGUCAGGAUUCUUCAUGCUGUUUUCCAUCUGCCUUCCUGGGAAGCCCGACUCAAAGCUCUCAAUACUUGUGGUUCUCACAUUGGAGUUAUCUUAGCCUUUUUUGUGCCAGCAUUUUUCUCUUUUUUGACACAUCGUUUUGGGCACAAUGUCCCUCUAUAUAUCCAUAUCUUUUUGGCCAAUUUAUACAUAGUUGUUCCACCAGCCCUCAAUCCUGUAAUCUAUGGGGUCAGGACCAAGCAGAUUAGGGAACAAGUGUUGAGAAUUUUAUUCAGGAAGGAUAGCUAA